AUAUACCUUGGAGCUUUUAUUUUUUUCUUCUUCUUUGUUUUAGCUUCUUGUGUUUGUUUUUUGUUCUAAAAAGAUUGGUUUUGUGAAGUGGGGGUGUUGAAUUUUUUAUGAUGAGUUCAAGUAACAAUUUGGUUACUACAAUUAUUGGAUUUGGAUUGAGUGCAACUUUCAUUGUAUUUGUAUGUACAAGAUUAAUUUGUGGAAGAUUUAGAGAAAGGCAUGUGGGAUCACGUACUAUAUAUGAAAUGGAAUCAAGACCAGAUAUUGAACGGAAUAUCAUGGUAAUGAACCUGAACCUGCAUUUGUUGCUGCAAUCCCCACUUUACAUUUCAAUGAAGAGGCCUUCAAUCAUCUUCAGUGUACACAGGUGUGUGAUAUGUUUAGGAGAGUACAAAGAAAAAGAAAUAUUACGCAUAAUACCUUAUUGUGGACACACAUUUCAUCUUUCAUGCAUUGAUAUGUGGCUAAGAAAACAAUCAACAUGUCCUGUAUGUCGUUUGACAUUACAUAAUGUUUGUGAAGAAAAACAUGUGAGACCUGUGACAUUCACCAUAAGACAAUCUCUUGAUGAGUCUAAUAGUACUUCAGAAGGGAAUGAGAGACAAGGUGAAGUUAAUGCAAGAGAAAUAGAAUCAAGCUGAAGUUGAUGAUAUAGGAUAGAUAUAGAUAUAGAUAUAGAUUAUAAAGAAGUUUUUGUUGUAUAUUCUUGAUCUUUUUCCUUAAGGGAAUGGAGAUUAUUAGACACA